AUGUCGAGCUCUCAAUUCGCCACACAAGCGGAUGCUGCGCCGGCGUCGGGAGACAACAAUACCGCAAACCCCCCACGAAAGAGGAGGAAACGCGCACCUGCUGCUGGUGCAGCUGUGGACUGCUUCACCUGUACAAGUCGCAGUGUCAAUUGCGACCGUCGGAGACCGUAUUGUUCCCGGUGCCUGGAUGAUGGGAAAGAUUGUGCUGGCUACAAGACUCAAUUGACCUGGGGAAAUGGAGUGGCAAGUCGAGGCAAGCUGCGUGGCCUUUCACUGCCCGUCGCUGGCACUCAGAAGCUCUCCACGCCCGGUUCACCACCAAGGCCAAAGAAGAGACAGUUGCCGCCACCCUCUCCGCACCGUCCACCUCAGCUUCAACACAUUCUCAAUGCUGCCCCAGAAGCUCACAACGUCCCCUCACCGGCUGUGCGAUCCCCGGAAACUGCACCUAACGGCAACACACACUUCCACUUUGCUCUGUCCCAUCCUCCUGCGAUUUCACCUUCCUAUAUCGCGACGACCAGUCCAUGGAGCCCACCAUCUGAACUUCCCGGCGUCAAGAUUGCGCCGAGAGUCUCUUCAUAUCCAAUUCCGUCUUGGGCGCCACCCGCUGUCCACGGCGCCUCUACCAGUGAUGGACUUAGACGGCCAAGUGUUGCAUACAGCGGGAGCGAUCGAGUGUCACCGAUGUCUCAUUCUCCUCCGUCGCCCGAAUCAGCAUACUUCGGGCGAGUCUUACACCACACCUCGACAGAUGGACAGGCUUCCUAUCCCCCGUAUCCUGACUCACCUCAAGUUGCAUCUCCGUUUGGUGGGCAGUUUGCCGAUCACGGGCAGUUUCCCAUUUACCAGAGACAGGAUGACUCCAUCUUCCGCAGCGAAACGAUUGAUCACACUUUUCUCUCGCAAGACAUGGGUCCGGCCGACUCCCAGAACAUCGAUGAAGAUGCCGAUGGAGAGGUUGAGGAAGUCCCUCGAGCCACGUUUGAAAAUGAAUGUGCCAUCGUGGAAGACGAUUCUGUAGUAGCCUUUCCCCGGUGGUCGCUCCACGAUUACAGCCUUUCGUUCUCGCCUUUUGCAGGCGUUACAACUAUCGGGGCAACUCCGCGGAUGCAGUACCUGAUACAAUAUUAUACAGAGGUCAUUUCGCCUGUGAUCGUAGCCUUUGACGGGCCUUCCAACCCAUAUCGAACACAAAUUCUGCGGCUCGCGGGAAGGAGUGAAACCCUCCAACACGCCAUAGCCGCAUUGGCAGCGAGUAACCUGAGGCAACGGCGGGAAACAGGGUUAUCCACGGGUAAGACAGAUCCUGCGAGGCGGUCAUCCAUGGCCCAUCUCACGCUCACGAAAGAGGAGUGGAAUGAGACGGGACUGUUGACUCCACAAGAGCAAGCACGUGAGGAAUCCUUGCAUAAAGGCAUUGCCAUCCAAUCCCUCAACAUGCAGCUUGCUAACCCUGUACAACGGAUGGACGAUUCGAUUCUGGCCACUCUCCUUAUCCUGUGUCUCUUCCACAUUUGCGAUUCAGGGGUUGCGAAGUUCCGCACCCAGUUCGCUGGUGUCAAGAAACUCCUUGCCUUACGCAAGAAUGACCCAGGUCUGAACACGAGAGAGGCGAAAUGGUUUACACGGAUGUUUACGUGGUUUGAUGCCAUGACAGCCACGGUCAAUGAUCGUGAAGGACAACUUCAGGGCUAUCACUUGGACGUAUCCGCCCUCUCCGACGAGGAAUGGGCAUUGGAAAACCUGGCUGGCUGUGAUGGGAACCUCUUCAAGAUCAUUGCUAAAUUGGGCAGGCUGAAUGUGUUAAGCCAAGGCAAGUCUGUCGAAGAAACUCCCGCUAUCGUGUCUCGACCACUGCCCACGAUGCCAUCUGCACUGCAUUUUGACUACAGCAAAUUCGAUGGCAAUGGUUGGGUAAGAAUGGCCGAGGACGAGGAACUGUUCUCCAGCAAAGUCACGGAGCCCGAUGUGAAGACGCAGUUCUGGCGAGAAUGGAGGGAAAUUCGACAGGCUCUGUUGGCCUGGCAGCUGGACACCACCGUCUACGACUGCCCGAACCCUGGAGCGCCGUUUCUGACCGAGGAGCAGCGCGUUGACCUUAGCAAUAUAUCUGAGUCAUUCAGAUACUCUGCACUGUUAUAUACGGAGCGAUUAGCCCAUCCACAAGCGCCCAGUACGGACUCGGCCAUUCGCAGUUAUGUGCAAGACUGUCUGAAGUACAUCAAAGCCGUCAAGUCGGACGUCUACCUCCUCUGGCCGUUAUUCAUUACCGGCAGCGAGUGUGUGGAUGACGUUGACCGUGAGGUGAUUCGCCAACGAUGUCUGGAUAUACAGAAGGACAGUGGGUUUCUCAAUAACAAGAGCUGCUUGGAGCUUUUGGAAAAGGUGUGGCGCAACUAUGACGACCAAAAGACCCAGAGCGAGCACGCGCAUCCUAACGGAGAUGCGGGUAUUGAAAGUGGCUUUAGGUUUACGACUAUUAUGAGAAUGGAGAACAACGAGGGCGAGUAUAUUGUCGUCUGA